AUGUCAAGUCUUGUGGAAAAGUUGACAGCGGAGGGUCAAGGAGAGCCUGCAGGCUGGUUGAACGAACUGGUCGCUCAACUAUGGCCGAAUAUCAACGCUGCUGGGAGCAAGAUGAUCAAGGAGAUUGUCGAGCCGAUGUUCAAGACCAUGCUCCCUGGUCCGCUCUCUUCCCUCCACUUCACCAAGAUCGAUCUGGGCUACGUUCCUCUGAGAUUCUCUAACGUAAAGGUUACCAAGACGGAGAUCGAUGGCAUCAAGCUUGACAUGAACGUUGAUUGGGAGAGCAAGGUUGACGUCGAGAUGGACGCAGACAUGAUGCCUGCGUUGGGCGUCGAAAGUGUAGAGCUCUAUGGAAGGCUAUCUGUCUUGCUCUGUCCGCUGACCAACAUCAUACCUCUGAUUGGAGCAGCUCAGGUGUCCUUCGUUAAUCCUCCUAUACUCAAACUCGACUUCACAGGCGCCGCGAACGUAGCUGACUUCUCCGCUAUCGAUGGUGCUGUCAGAAAUGCCAUCCUCGGCAUCAUCAACUCUAUGCUCACCCUGCCCAACCGCUACCUGGUCAAGAUGGAUGCCACCAGCGACUACUUCAAGACCUACCAUUAUCCUCUCGGCAUCAUCCGCAUCACCGUGAAGGAGGCCUGGGGCUUCGCCGAAGAGUCCAAAGGGACGGCGAAGAAGCUGUUCCAUAAAAUCACACGGGCUCAUCCGGACUGUUUCGCCAAAGUCGAAGUCGGUGCUGAGGAGGCUUGGAAGACGACCACCAAGGACAACACAGUCAAGCCAGCCUGGAACGAGACUCAUGAUUUUGUGGUGUCAGACUUUGACCAAUGCAUCAAGAUUGUCGUGGAAGAUCAGGACGUCAACAGCAAUGACGAAGUCGGCAUGGGCGUCACCACGGUGCGAGAGCUGCUUAUGGCGGGCGGCAACCAGGAGCUUACCCUGCUGAGUGAUGGCGCACAAACGGACGGAAGGCUGUCAAUCGGGAGCCAGUUCUUCAAGUUCGAAAACAACGGGGGCAGUUUCUCUUCCUCCGAGCACAAGGGCGAUGGUCUUUUCUGCGGGUUGGCCACCGUCCUCAUCGCGAGCGCCAAUGGUAUCAAGGGGCAGCGAGACCAGCUCACGCCCAGCGUUGUGGUCACCUGGGGAUCGAAACACCGGUUUCAGACUGCGGUCAAGACCGACGCUCCCGGAACUGACAUCAACAACCCUUCCUUCGACUACUGCUGUCGCAUGCCCGUGAGCGCGGACAUGGUUGGCAGCAAAGUCGAACCAUUCCGCUUGACCUUGAUGAAUGGUGAGAAGGAGAUGGGCUCCGCUGAUAUUGCGCUUACGGAUGUCCUGAAUGCUUCGAACGGAACUCUGCAGAAUACCUUCGCGGUUGGAGAGGGAGCGUCAAUCAGAGCGAGCAUAUGCAUGCGCGGCAUGGUGUCAGGGACGAUGAAGGAGACGGAAUUGCCUGAGCGGAAGAAGCGAUGA